CUGUUAUCAAAGUGCCCUAGCAGUCCACCAUCACCCUGUAGUUUAAUCCUCAGUAAUGCUUCAUAACUAUGUCUACCGCUUCUAAGGUUGUCCUGGGAUUGUCGAUAGUGCUCACUAUCAGCACCGUUGCAGGCGUUCAUAUCAAGCAGAACUGGGACAGACAGAGGCUGCGCGAGGGUGUUGUGCGUGAUCUGGAGCGUUUGGAACGGAAGCGCGAGAACCUUCGUGCGCUUGAGGAGCAGAUCCAGCUGACGAGAGAGCUUGUGACAGAGCGCAACCGACGACAGGCUGAAGCCUCAGAAACACACGAUUCAUAAAGCGAACACCUAUACUGAUUAAAAAAAAAUGGACAGUGGGGACCAGCGGGGUCUCACGGUGCAGGACGAGGAGACCAUGUGCACGUCGGCCUCUGAGGGUCUGGAGGAGGGGGAAGUGGAGGGAGAGACAUUGCUCAUUGUGGAAUCGGAGGAUCAAGCAUCUGUGGAUCUGUCCCAUGACCAGAGCGGAGACUCUCUGAACAGCGACAUUGGGGAGGACGGAGAGGGAAGCUGGAACGAGGACAUGUCCUUCUACUGCGACAAGUGCCACAAAUGGAUCCCGGCUGGUGAGAAGAUUCGGGAAAGGGGACGACAUGUUUGAUGCACCCUUGUGGGAUCAUAUUAUGUGCAAUAUGUGUUUGCUUGGUCAAUAAAGCCUGAUCUGAAACCA